UAUCUUUAGUGCGACCCGAAAGAGCGCAAGCCACUACUCAAUAUACUAUAACUUAGCCGCUCGAACUAGCAUUCUGCCAGCGGUUCGGCGUUCAAAAGUGCACGACUAAAAAUGGAGUUUCCAACGCUUGGAAACAAUUGCUUUGUCAACACGUGUAAGCAACUAGACUUUCUACCAAUGAAGUGCGAUGCUUGUUCUGGAUUAUUUUGUAAAGACCACAUUCAGUAUUCGGAGCACCAUUGUGAUACUGCUUACACUAAGGAUAUUCAAGUACCUGUCUGUCCUCUGUGCAAUAAACCUGUACCUUCUAAAAGAGGUGAACCCCCAGACAUUAAAAUGUCUCAGCAUAUUGAUAAUGACUGCCAAUCUGAUCCUGCUAAGGAGAAAAGGAUUUUUGCAAAUAGAUGUUCAUUGAAAGGUUGUAAACAAAAAGAGCUUGUUCCUGUGAUGUGCUCUUCCUGUCAUCAAAACUACUGUAUUCGUCAUCGGCACACAACAGACCAUAACUGUCAGGGAUAUGACAAAAGUGGUAAAACAGUUUCACGACAAGGUGUUGCAGCUAUAAAUAGGGCUACAACCAGUGGACAAAAACCUCAAGAGACAGCUCUUGCUCAUAUUGGAAGAAAUCUUGACAAAUGUUGGGGAUUUUCUUCUUCACCUGUUUCGCUCAGGCCUCCAAAUUACAACCAUUCCUGGCCACAGACCUGUCACUGGUGUCAUACUUAG